GUGACUUGCUCAUCAUCAUGGCCCAGGUCAUCGUUGCCAUCCAGAUGGUGCUGGAGGAGAAGUUUGUCUACAAGCACGACGUGCACCCGCUGCGGGCUGUGGGCACUGAAGGUUUCUUCGGUUUCAUCAUCCUGGCCCUGCUGCUGGUGCCCAUGUACUACAUCCCGGCGGGCAGCUUCAGCGGGAACCCUCGGCAGACCUUGGAAGAUGCCUUAGAUGCCUUCUGCCAGAUUGGCCACCAACCCCUCAUCGCCCUGGCCCUGCUGGGUAACAUCAGCAGCAUUGCCUUCUUCAACUUUGCUGGCAUCAGUGUCACCAAGGAGAUCAGUGCCACCACCCGCAUGGUGCUGGACAGUCUCCGUACCCUCAUCAUCUGGGCUGUCAGCUUGGCCGUGGGCUGGGAGACCUUCCAUGGGUUGGAGAUCUUAGGUUUUGGGGUUCUACUGGUGGGUGCUGCUCUUUAUAAUGGUCUCCACAGACCCCUGCUUGCCCGUCUGCCCCGGCGCGUGGAGGAGAGCGGUGGGACAGCCGAGAGGGAGGGGUUGUUGCGUGGGGAGAGCACGGCCAUCAACGAUGAGAGCUGA